CCAUUUUCGACCUUCAUGUCACCACUCGACUCUCUUGUGUUCGACAUACCAACAGAACAGCAAAAGACAGAACAAGAUGCUGCAGAUGAGCUGGACCUUUGGACAAAUGCCCAGUUCACAUUCGAUGUAAAGCCUGGCUCUGGUAUCUUUGAAGACGACAAGACAUGCUCAUCAGCUACCUCUCCAUCUGUCUCUGCCCCGUCAGCUUCCUUUCUCUCAACACCUCAGUUCCAACCCGAGUUGGACCCCAUUACUUAUGAAAACCUAGUCAAUUAUCUCGACUAUGAACUCCCACAACAACAACAACAACAACAACAACAACAGCUCCAGCAGCAGCAAGUACAACAAAUACAGCCAAAGCAAACUCAGCAGCAACGACCUGUGCCUCGUACAAUUGUUCCUGUGGUAGAAGCACCUGUUGCCACACCAGCGCGCCAAUUGCUUCUUCCCAAGCCACCAACCAUGGAUGCCUCACAAUUGGUCAAUCUGUUGAGUCAGUCUCUUGUGCCCUCCGCACCACUCACCGUGCAACAUCAGCCCAAACAGCGCAAGAAAUCAUCUAUUAUUGCCCCAACCACUACCACCACACCCACACUCACAUCUGCCAACACAACGGCCACAUCAUUGAAGCGUGCUCCAGAUGAAGUAGAAGAAGAGUUUCAAGCAGCAGACGAGGACAAGAGACGUCGCAACACUGCUGCAUCUGCAAGAUUCCGUAUCAAGAAGAAGCAGCGUGAGCAAGCCAUGGAACAAACUGUCCGUGAGAUGACAUCCAAGUCCGAUGCUCUUCAAGAGAGAGUAAAUGAACUUGAACUUGAAGUCAAGUGGCUCCGAGGCCUUUUAACUGAGAAGGACACAAAGUCAAGCGACUAA